UGUGGAAAUAAGUUUAACCAGGCCUCUUACUUGACUAAGAGAAGAGACAAAGAGAGAGAAAGAGAAGAGAAAAAGAUGCUGAUGCUAUGUGUUUUAAAAUGUUCUAAGAUAAGGAAAAACCUUCAUACCUUGUUUUGUCUGUGUGCAGAUGUUAACCUCCUCCUUUCCAGGAACCAAAAAACCCCAAAACUGAUAGCUGUUCCCAAAACAAUAUGUUUGCUGAAAAAGUAAACUGCUUACAUGUGACAAACGAAUGAUCAACUUCUUCCUGUUUCUUUCAAGGUUGCUUUGUCUGAACCCUGCAUCUUUUCUUGCUGUCUAAAGUAUAAACAUGCUUGUAAACUUGUAGAGGUCAGAGUUCCUUUGAGAACCCUCGUUGUGAUCACUUGUAUAGCUUUAAAUAAACCAAGAUGGCUCUGUCAAUUCUGAUACAACCACAACGCGAAGUUUGAUUUCUUCCACAAUUUGGUGCUGUGACUCGGAUAGAGAUGCCCGGAGUGAUCGGUUGAGAUACAGACUGUCUCCUUACUGACAUCCUGGCACCAAACUAAGGUGCCAUGUGAAGACUGCAUGGAAAGGGGCAAUGAGACCACUGCUGCUGACAUGGAAUUCCUCCUGCUUGGCUUCUCUGAGUUGAACCACCUGCAGACCUUUCUCUUCUUUAUCUUUUUGGGUGUGCACAUAACCACUCUGGCUGGGAACCUUUUAAUCCUUAUUGCUGUGGCUGCUGAAUCCUCCCGACCCCCCAUGCUUUUCUUCCUCUGCCAGCUCUCCGCCAUUGAGCUCUGUUAUACUCUAGUCAUUGUUCCCAAGACACUGGUCAACCUUGCGGACCCUGGAAGUCGCACCAUUUCUUUCACUGCAUGUGCUACCCAGAUGCAUCUCUUCGUGGCGCUGGGGGGCGCCGAGUGCUUCCUCCUGGCAGCCAUGUCCUAUGAUCGUUAUGUCGCCAUCUGUCGACCGCUGCACUACACAGCAGUGAUGAGCCAGGGCCUUUGCUUCCGCCUUACUGUGGCUUGCUGUUUGGGGGGCUUUGCUGUCUCUCUGGGGCUGACUGUGGCUGUUUUCCGCCUACCCUUCUGCCACUCUCACCACAUUGACCACUUCUUUUGUGAUGUUCCUGCUGUGCUGCACCUAACGUGCACGCAGAGUUAUACUUUUGAGCUGCCUCUGCUGACUGCCUGUGUGCUCCUCCUCCUUCUCCCCUUCUUGCUCAUCCUAGCUUCCUACACCUGUAUUGUGGCUGCCAUAUUGAGCAUCCACCCUUCCUCUGGCCGAGGCAAGGCCUUUUCCACGUGUGCCUCACACGUAGCUGUCACUCUCCUGCAUUAUGGAUGUGCCACCUUCAUGUACAUCCGCCCCAAGUCCAGAUACUCACCAAGCCGAGACAAGAUGGUGGCCCUUGUUUACACUAACAUCACCCCAUUGCUGUAUCCUUUGAUCUACAGCCUGAGGAACAAGGAAGUCAAAGGAGCACUGAGAAAGAUGUUACUGCAAAGAACAUCUCAGGCAACUUGGAAUAAUCUCAAGUACAAGAUAUGUGUGUGCAAUAAACUUUACUAGGACAUGCACCUUCUGCCAAAAACAGAUAUUCUUUAUCUACUCGUAAGAUCACUUCUUGGCCCAUUUCCCCCCCCCCACUCCCCACAAGGUUGAUAUUACACAGAAACAUACAUGUUUCCAGUCACCAUGGGAAGAUACUCCCCUCUUUGGCCUGUUCAGGAGAACAAAGGAUGUUGAUACAAAACUGUUUUACCUUGUCUCCUGAGGGCUGUAUUAUUAUUUCAAAUACAAUGUAAAUAUUUGUAUAGAUUUAGAUUUGAAGAUCAAUAAAUACAUUGAUAUUAC